GUUUCUUGUUGUAUAAUAGAAAAGAAAAGAGAUCCAAUAUCUCACAAUCAACAUAAUUCUUUCCAGAUCAGGAAUACUGGUACGAACAAGCCAGAAUAGCCCUCAGGAAACGUCUGCAGUACGCCAACGACCGGCGGCCGUACGCCAAGAACGUUAUCCUGUUCGUGGGAGACGGCAUGGGGGUGGCGACGUCGACCGCCGCCCGUAUCCUGAGAGGGCAGCGGCUCGGGAAGAAGGGUGAGGACCACGAGCUGGCGUGGGAUGCAUUUCCGGCCGUCGCUCUUGCCAAAACUUACAAUAUGGAUGCUCAAAUCGGUGAAUCAUCAGCCUGUGCAACUGCCCUUAUGUGCGGCGUCAAAACGAAUUUCGAGACAGUCGGACUGGAUGCACGUGGGAGGUUUGAGAACUGUUUUUCCAGUUUUUCAUCAAGGGUGACAUCCCUCAUAGAUUGGGCACAAGAAUCAGGCAAAGCGACGGGCAUCGUGACAAACACGCGCAUAACACAUGCGACUCCCGCUGCACUCUACGGACACUCUCCCUCCCGCUACUGGGAGGACGACUCCAAGGUGCCUCCUGCAGCCCGGAAGUCCUGCAAAGACCUCGCAAGGCAGCUGGUGGAGAAUGAACCCGGCAGGAACAUCAACGUCCUGUUGGGCGGCGGUCGCCGUCACUGGCUGCCCAAGGUGGCCCACGACCCCGAGCAAACGAAGGAGGAGGGCCGGCGACUGGACGGCCGCAACCUCAUCGACGACUGGGCCAGGGACAAGAAGAAGCGGGCCCUCAAGGCCGACUACGUGUGGAACAAGGGCCAGCUGGACGAGGUCGAUCCGGACAAGGUCGACUAUCUGCUCGGCCUGUUCUCCUACUCCCACAUGGACUUCGAGGCCGAUAGGGACCCCGGUCCCUCGGGCGACCCCUCGCUCGCCGACAUGGCCCGAUCUGCGCUCGCCCUGCUGCUCAAGAACCCCAAGGGAUUCUUCCUCGUCGUCGAAGGCGGUCGCAUAGACCACGCCCACCACUACAACAACGCGUACCGCGCCCUGGACGAGACCCUGGCCAUGGAGACUGCCCUUCUGGCGGCCCUGGCGCUCGUCAACCCCACAGAGACCCUGGUCGUCGUCACCUCCGAUCACUCUCACGUGCUCACCAUGGGCGGCCAGGCCACGCCCAGGGGACACCCUAUUCUUGGUCCGGACAGCAAAGUAUCCGACGUGGACGGCCAGCCGUACUCGACCCUACUGUACGGCAACGGGCCUGGAUUCGCCUCGCCGCGCGUCGCCCCGCUCAACGCGUCCACGGUCGCCGAGGACAAGAACCAGGUGCACGGCUCCGCUGCGCCCCGGCAGUGGGCCACUCACGGGGGCGAGGACGUGCCUGUGUACGCAUUGGGGCCCUUAGCCACCACCCUAUUCACAGGUACGUUCGAUCAGAGCUACAUCCCGCACGCCAUCGCGUACAGCGCAUGCCUGGGAGAGCACCGCCUCCGGUGCCAAGGCCUGGAGAACUACACCGUCCUGCCGCCGCCGGCGCCGGCCGCCCCUGACAGCUGCGCGCCGGCGGGAGGGUCCGGCGCCGGACAGCCCGUCGUCGUCGCCAGCAGCGUUAUGGCGGACGACGUCCAUCGAGGGAAGACGUCGGCGGCGUCGUUAUCGAGGCCGGUUGAGAUCGUCGGUGUGGUGGUUGUGGUUUUUUUCGUUUGUUAUGGAAAAUGA